UAAAUUUUUGCGCAAUUUAAUUUUAAAACUGUAUGUAAAUUAAUUAUUAGUGCCUAAGCUAUGACAAAUUGUUAAAAAUCCACACACACACACACACUAAAGCGGCGUUACAAUUGGCAAUCCACAUGCGUUCCACAAAGACUGAAACACUUAGCAUAGACACACACCCACACACACACACUAACAUGCAAUACACACAGUUUGUUUUUGGCAGCAAAUUAUGGAACGCAUUUCUUAUAAACACAAAGAUGUCAACGAUAUGCCGCCUGCCUAUGAAGCAAUGCCACAGUAUGCCACGCCUCUGCAUCGCCAGCAGCAGCCGCCGCCGCCUUCACAGCAACAACAACAGCAGCAACAGCAACCACCGCCGUCCAAGCGCCGCAGCUUUCGACGCUAUCGCACCACAGCUCACAAUAUUCUCAAUAAUAACAACAACAACAACAACAGCAGCGAUGAGAACAACAGUUGUGGCAACAACAGCAACAGCAAUGGCAACAGCAACAGCAGCUAUGCCAUACCUGUCUGGCGCUCUUCGCCCAGCGCCACGCCCAUUACACCGCCCGCCCUGCCCACAACAACAAAGCGACAUGUGCGCGAGCUACGCGAAGAUCUCGCGGCCAAGCCACAAUUUCAUCCCAAUCAGCUAAGCUCAGCGCGCAAUCAGAUUCAGCUGCAAUCACGCUUUGCCAGCAAUCCGCGCAGGACGCACGCCAGCAACAGCAACAACAACAACAACAGUAACAACAGCAACAACAGCAGCAGCUUUAAGCGCAGCUUUGAGUGCUUGGAUGGUGCCGCCAGUUUGGCCGCCAUGGAGCAUAUGGAUAUGCGGGGCGCGACCGCAUUGCCGCCAGAUUCGGGUUCGGAUCAUUCCGGCGGCAGCGAUGAGACUGUUAAAAUCGAUGAUGUUAUUGAAUAUGCCGACGCCUAAGCGAAAAACGCCUGAGAGUAUGCAAUGCUCUAAACCCAACACAAAACGGCAAACCAAACAUCGAACAUGUGAUCUACAUACAUACGCAUAAUCUAAACGCAUAACUAUACAUACACACACACAUAUAUAUAUAUAC